AGAAGUCAGUCAUUCUCCUUGCCACCAAAAGCAAACCAGGAAAAUGUCCAGCAUCCUCCAAGAUCUAUGAAGGCAUAUGCCAGGAUAAUGACGGCAACUAAGGAGGCACAAAACUAGCUGACAACUAUCAGAGAACAGCGCCCUGAGAGGAGCCUGGAGCACGGGCCUGAGGCUGAAGCACCGCCUGCACCUCAGGGACCAGGACAGACCGCGUCAGCCAGGAACGACGAGUCUGCAUAACAAACUGAUGGUUGACAUCUUUAAUCAGCAAGAUGGAAAGAAGCCUGAAGAAUGUCCUUGUGGUUUCUUUUGGAUUCCUGCUUCUCUUUACAGCCUACGGAGGCCUUCAGAGCCUGCAGAGCAGCCUGUACAGUGAGGAAGGCCUGGGGGUGACGGCACUCAGCACGCUGUAUGGUGGGAUGCUCCUGUCCUCCAUGUUCCUCCCGCCGCUCCUGAUUAAGAAGUUUGGCUGCAAGUGGACCAUCGUCAUCUCCAUGUGCUGUUACGUGGCCUUCUCCUUGGGCAACUUCUACGCCAGCUGGUACACCUUGAUUCCCACCUCCAUACUGCUGGGUCUUGGAGCAGCCCCGCUGUGGUCCGCUCAAUGCACGUACCUCACCAUCAUGGGAAACACACAAGCAGAGAAGGUGGGAAAAGUUGGCAGAGAUGUGGUGAACCAGUAUUUUGGCAUCUUCUUUCUCAUAUUCCAGUCAUCCGGUGUGUGGGGCAACCUGAUCUCCUCCCUGGUGUUUGGCCAGACACCCACUCAAGAGGCCAUCCCAGAGGAGCAGCUCUUGUCUUGUGGAGCCAGUGACUGUCUGAUGGCCACGGCGUCCACCAACAGCACCCAGCGUCCCUCGCAGACACUCAUCUACACCCUGCUGGGCAUCUACACGGGGAGCGGCGUCCUGGCGGUCCUGCUCGUAGCCGUGUUUCUCGAACCCAUCAAAGACGCUCAGCAGAAAAGUGAAGGGGAGAAGGAAUUACCUUUCUGGUCCACCCUGCUGUCGACCUUCAGGCUGCUUCGAGACCGGCGCCUGCGCCUCCUGGUGCUGCUGCCCUUGUACAGCGGAUUCGAGCAAGCCUUCCUCGCGGGCGACUACACCAGGUCAUCCGGUGUGUGGGGCAACCUGAUCUCCUCCCUGGUGUUUGGCCAGACACCCACUCAAGUGCUUUACGGCGUUCUGUUCGAGAAGAACAAGGAGGCUGCCUUUGCGAGUUACCGCCUGUGGGAAGCGCUGGGGUUCGUCAUUGCGUUCGGAUACAGCACAUUCUUGUGCGUCAACAUCAAACUCCACAUCCUCCUGGGGGUCCUGGGUCUGGCCAUGCUGGCGUACGGGACCGUGGAGUAUCUGGAGGCCAAGACGCUGGCCAGGCCAGUUGCCACGGAACAGACAAAGCCAGCGGACGGGGCGGAAACAGAGACAGCCAUGUGACAGGGACGCACGCCGUGGCACCAGAGAGCGCUACCCGAAGGGCCUCGGGGCUUACAGCUGAUUCUUCACAACGUGUCGGCGAUAGUUAGCCGUCCUGAAGACAUAACGUAGUUAUAUUCUUUGUAUAAUUUUUUUCUCUUCUGCUAAGUUUUCGGUCCACCACGUCACCAGUGGAGAUGGAGAGUGUGCACGAAGGAAUCAUUCACGUCAGACGCAAGGGAAGAAGGUUGGGCGCGUACUCAGCCAACGGCAGCGGGCUCGGGAGAAGCGGCGGCUGCCUCCUGCUCCGGCUGUACGCACUGUUUGUAAGAACCGGGAGAUGUGAGAACUAUGGGUCUGGCACUCUAAUUUUACAAAUGGGUAAACUGACAUCCAGGGAAGUCAGCUGACUCCCUCCCGGGGUCAGUGAGCGACAAAGCCAGAUGAGAGUUUAUGUCCCUCGAAGUUUAUAGACUAUGAGUUUCUAAAUAAAUGCAACUACACUAUG